GCAGUUCAGAAGUUUUCCGCUCAUUUAUGCUCUUGCCUGGAUUUAGGAGCCGAUAGAAGCUCCUUUUCGUAUUUUUCUUUUCCUUUGACUUUUUAUUCAACUUACAAUUGCAUAUACCUGUUGAAAGAAAAGUUUUAGUCAUGGCCUUGACUGAUGCCAUGCUGCCUUCGAUCUCGACUUUUGCCUCUCAUUCGAGUCUGGAAGAAAAGCAAGCCGAAAUUAUGCAUAGGUGGAAGGUUGAAGACCUAAAAGGUUCAGAGAGCGAAGUAACACCCCACAUUGAAGUUGAGUUUAACAUCGUGGAGUCGCCGAUGGCAAAAAGAGAAGAAGACGAUCUGGGAAAAUUCUUGGAUUUAGAGUUUAUACUGUCCAAUACCAUUCCAUCUGAUACUGGGAACAACGCUUUACACCCCUCCGCCUACCCACUGCCCGAGACACCUGAAAGCUGCAGCACUGCAGGUGACAGCGACGGCUCGCACUCCACUCCCGGACACUACGCCAGCAGCUAUUCGGGGAGUCCAAACCAAAGUCUGGUGGCAGAGCUCCUUACUCCAGAGAUGAACUACAGUGGUUCUUGCGCCAUAACGCAAACCUAUGGUGUGAAACCUGUUAAAAGUAUAAUGGAAUACACAGAACUGAGGGCUCCGAACAUGAGGAAUCCUGCCCAGUUGCCUACGAACACGGAUGACGCACAUCACCUGCCGCAUAAAAUAAAAACUGAAACCUAUGAACAUUCAUGCAUGAUGGCAACUGACUGUAUGGAGCAAAAGCCAAUUAUGUUGCCAAUGCAUCAUCAUCAUCAACAACAGCAGCAUGCGAUGACCCGCCACGGGUUUGCUCAUCACUUAAUGCCUCAAUCCGAAAUGGCUCCAAAAGACUGCCUCUCUGCCUCAGAUAUGCACCAUUCACAUAACCACAUGGCGCUUCACCAGCAAUACCAGAUGGGAAACGCAUUCCCUCCCCAUUACCACCAUCGUCAUCAGCACCAAGCCGCCCACCAGUACCAAGGACAAUUCAACCUUUUUAGAGAUGCAAUGAAGGCCCAUCACCAAAACUUGCAUGGCAUGAUGCUGACCCCUCCAUCAUCCCCUCUCUUGGACUUCUUUCCUCCUGUAAGCGCACCUGAUGAAUGUAAGCCCAAAAGAGGACGCAGGUCUUGGGCAAGAAAGAGGACUGCGACGCACAGCUGCGAGUAUCCUGGCUGUGGAAAAACGUACACCAAAAGCUCCCACCUGAAAGCCCACAUGCGCACUCACACAGGUGAGAAACCUUACCAUUGCAGUUGGGAUGGCUGCGGCUGGAAGUUUGCCCGAUCCGAUGAACUCACUCGUCACUACAGAAAGCACACCGGCCACAGACCCUUUCAGUGCCACCUGUGUGAGCGAGCCUUCUCCAGAUCCGACCAUCUGGCACUGCACAUGAAGAGACACAUGUAAAACGAAUGUACAUGGAAAGAAACGACGGCUAAAAAGACAAUUUAUUUAUAAUGAAUGUAGUACGCUAAUUUAUGUAGAAAUAAAUGGGUUAGUAAACUGAUUCAGUAUUUAAGGAAAAGACCCUUAAUUUGGGGCGUCUUCCAGAGGACUCUAUUUAAAAAAAAAAAAAAGCUUUAUGACUAUGUAAUAAUAAUGUAAAAGUGGCUUUAAAAAUCAAAACAGGGCGGGACCCAGUUGUAUAUAGCUGUAAAAAAGACUUUGCAUCUGAAUAUCAUAUGUAUAUUGUUUUUAAAUUGUUAAUACUGCCAUUUGUGCAUAGAGAAUCGGAAUUUGCCAAAAGACGGGAGAUAAACACGACAACAGGCCUACUGCAUUUGGAUUUUAUGUUUUCUGUAAUGUGUUGCUUUUAUUUGUUCUUUUUAUAAGAGUAAAAUGAGUGUCUGGUAUGUAUGUCGGUAGUCUCAAUUAACAUUUCUCAUAUUUUAUCUUAAGAUAAUUAUUGCGAAACUGAAAAUUGAGUUGACCAUUACUAUUUUGUCACAAAUAAAUGUUUUAGAAUU